UUAUUAUUAUUAUUAUUAUAAAAAGUAACCAGUAAAUGUGUCUUAUAUUCAUAAUUCUAUGAGUGAAUGAGUGUACCAGUCUGUCGGCACAGUACAUAAUUUAUAGUUUGUGUUGUUGUUUUAUGUAUAAAAUAUACAUUUGAUAUUUUCGAAGUGUCCUAUGGCCGUUUGUGAUUUGGUUUUCUUUGAAAUAGCCUCUAAUUUUUUAUAUUAAUUUCAUUUAUGGACGUUUAUUUUGACAAUCGGAACGUGACGAUCGGCUCACGACAAUAUGCUAUACUACAUUAAUAAUUUCUCAGGCUUGUAAGAACUUUUUACACAAUAUAGAUAUUCUAAAGAUAUUAAGUAUUAAGUGACGAUGUGGGUGAAGCCUAAGGAGAUUUUAAUAGCUCAUACAUUUUGGCAAACCGAAAAGUCGAAUGAAUAUUUCAAACUGCAACAUCGUAUUGGACAUGGACAAGGGAACAAAAUCUCUUCUUUGUUAAUGGGAACGUUUGAUAGCAUAUUUGAUACAAAACCUUGUCCUUAUAGAAUUUUACACCAGACACCAAAAUCUGAAGUAUACUAUGAAAUAGCAUGUGCAUUAACUGAAGAAGAAAUAUUUAAGGACUGGGAAUGGCUGCAAAGCAAUUUAGAUUUAAAAGUUUUUGAAAACGAAGAACAAAUUACAACGUUUGUUUGUACUAAAAUUCACAGUUUAAUUGCAACAGUUAUGACCGAGAGGCCAGGGGAAGAAGAUUCACAGUCGUUCAAAGAUGCAUCAAUAAAAUUUUAUCGCUUGUUUAAUGUAUCUCGCGACAGCGUAUUAGUUUGUUAUUAUUCUUGCAGCUACUGGAAAAAUAAAAUUCCACGUCAAGGUUGGCUUUACCUCUCUGUGGAGUAUUUGUGCUUUCAUUCAUUCAUAUUAGGAAAUGAACAGAAAGUAGUAAUUAGAUGGGCCGAUGUAAUAAGCUUAGAUAAAAGUAAUAAUGUUCUGUUAUCAAAUUCAAUAACAGUCACAACACGAGACAAAAGAGAAUAUUGUUUUUCGAUGUUCCUGCAUAAUUCAGAGGUAUAUAAAUUGAUGAAGCAACUUGUUAAUCUAGCAAUGAAAGGAAUAAUUAAUGAUGUUUGGUUUGAUAAAGAUCAUAAUCUUCUACAAAAACUUAGUAAACAUGUUCCAAAAAAACAGUCAUUUGUCAAGCGUGAUUUAGAUGCUCGAGCUAUGUCUGAACUGUAUCGCCUUCUGUUUAAAUUGCCUCAAAGUGAAAAAUUAGAUGGUGUCAGUAAUACUACAUUAUUUACUCCAUAUAAUAAAAAACACGUUUGGGGUCAAGUGUAUUUGUCACAAAACUUUAUGUGUUUUAACAGUAAAUCAAAAGACCCACUAAAUGUUGUCAUUCCAUUGUGUAAUAUUUCUCAAGUUGAAAAAUUAGACAAUACCAAUGAUCCAGCUUUUAAUAAUGCGGUUAUUAUAACUCUGAAAACGUCAUCCACUAAUGAUAAACCUCCAGUCUUUAUAUUUUCACAUAUUCUGGAAAGAUCAUUUUUUUUGAAGAAGAUAUCUGAACUUCUUGGCAAUUUAGAAUCGAUUUCAAGCUCUAAAAAUAAUGCUGUUGAUUCAAAGUCUGAUUGGACAAUGAUGAAACCAUUAAUGCUUACGUUUCCAAUGAAAGAAAGUGAAGAUAAAAUUAUUAAAGUUCAUCAAAAAAUAAAAGAAGUUGCUUGGAAUGAAUAUUUUAAGGAACACGGAUCAGGCGUUUCAAUGUACAAGACAAAAGAUUUGAUCAAGAUGGUAUUAAAGGGUAUACCAGAUUCUAUGAGGUCAAACCUUUGGUUAACAUUUUCAGGUGCGCACCAUGAUAUGGUGGCUAACCCUGGACUUUACACAGAAUUAGUCAAUAUUGCAUCCAAAACAAAAUCCAUAUCACAUGACGAAAUUGAAAGAGACUUACAUAGAUCAUUACCAGAGCAUCCGGCUUUUCAAUCAGAAAUCGGUAUCGACACAUUACGCAGAGUGUUAACAGCUUAUGCUACAAAAAACCCACAAAUCGGAUAUUGUCAAGCUAUGAACAUAGUGGCUUCUGUUUUGUUAAUAUACUGUACAGAGGAAGAAGCUUUUUGGCAAUUGGCAUGUAUCUGUGAAAAUAUGUUACCCGAUUACUAUAACAAUAAGGUGGUUGGAGCACUGGUUGACCAGGGAGUCAUGGAUAAUUUGAUAGCACAACACUUACCACUUAUUCACGAUAUUUUAUAUAGACUUGGUCUGAUACAAAUGAUAUCGUUAUCUUGGUUCCUGACAAUAUUUCUUAGUGUUAUACCAUAUCAAAGUGCUAUAUAUAUUGUAGACUGGUUUUUUUUUGAUGGAGCAAAAGUCAUAUUUCAGGUGGCUUUGUCUAUUUUAGAAAUGAAUCAAAAUAGACUGGCCUGUUGUCGUGAUGAUGGCGAAGCAAUGCAAACCCUUUGCAAUUACUUAACAGGUAUCUACAAUGAAGAAUUGGAGCAUUGCAGUAUGUAUAAAGAUGGGGAAAAAGUAGACAGGAGUGUCUCGGUUCAAGAGUUAAUAAAAAAUGGCCAUAAAAAGUUUGGAUCUGUUACGAGUACAAUUAUUGAAAAUCUUCGUAUUAUGCACAGACUUAAAGUAGUUCAAUCUUUAGAAGACGGUAAUGAAAAAAAUAUUGUAAGAUCUUUGAAACCAGAUGGUUAUUUCUCAUCCGACGAGCUGAUGGACCUACUAAAGUUUGUGAGAGAAGAAGUGGUCGCUGUACGGAAAAGAACCAAUUUUGAACCUCCUAAAGCUGAAACGCCUAUGGAGCCCUAUGAAGCUUACAAAAUUGACUUUGAUUUGUUUGAAUCAUUAUUUUUAGCAAUAUCUCCUUUAGCAAAACAUAAAGGUGCUGACAGCCUAGCAGUUCCAUUAUUUAAGUUGAUGGACAUGAACGAUGAUGGUUUUUUAAACUUUCGUGAGUUGGUAAUGGCAUUAGGUUCAACAUCUACUGCAGAUGUGUCUAUUCGGUUAAAAAUUCUAUAUUUGCUUCACUUGCCUGCCCUUUGUACAAAUGAGCAUUCAAUUUCAUCAGAUCUAAAUAAUUCAGUAAACGGGGCUGAAUUAGCAUCUGAAGCAGCUGAAUAUUUUGAUCAAAAUGUGGGCAGCAGCUCAAGUAAAGAAAAUAAUUCUGAUGAUUUAGAGCUCUUAAGAUCUUUUGUACGGAGGAUUCCAUCAUCUAAAAGUCCUCCAAUUUCUUUACCAUCUAUGUCCGAGGACCAUUUUGUUUCACUGUGCAAAACUUUGUAUGAUCUCAUUGGAAAUUCUCCCCAAGACCAGGAAAUGCAUAACAACAUUUCUAGAGUUGGAGCUAUAUUGCUUGAACUAGGGGAGUUCAAUAAAGAAGAAUUAAGUGAGUCUGAUAAACAAACCAAUACUGAAUGGUCAAUAAAAGCCGAACAGUUUGUGGCUACUGCUUUGACAGUUCAAGGAUUAGUCGAGUUUAUUGGUUCAAAAGUUGAUAUAUCUGCAUCAUUGAAACGACUAAGAGAGAAGUAAAUUUUUAAAUGGACUUCAUUAUGUGAUAAUUUGAAAUGUGCUAUCAUCAUCAUCAUAUAAAUAGUAAUAACGGUAAAAAAAUAUUUCAUUAAUGAAAUAGUGUUUAGUUGUAGACUCUUCAACUUACUUAACAGGGUUUAUCGUCAAGUUAAACUAUUACUAAUAAUUUUUACUAUAAAUAAUUUUACUCUAUUAUUAUAUAUUUUUAUAUUAU